CAGUGCUGCGUAUCGUUGUGCGAAUUGAUCUUGUCUUUUACAGCAGCUGGACGGACGAUCAUCCAGAGCCCACAGUACUUGCUUCAAUCCUAGUCGGCAGAAUAAAUGAAUAAAUUCACCGAUCCAAUCCACCGUCUUUGAUUAAAUCUGUGGAGAGAAUCUGCCAUGGCCAUGGAGAGAAUCCGCCAUGGAUCCUUGUCCUCCGCCUCCGUGAGGCGCUUUCGGUGGGUGUUGGUGAAGGCGGCCGGGGACGGGAAGAGGAAAGAGGAAGGCAAGGUCGUGCCGGCUGACGUCGACGAAGUGAUAUUUGCCGUCUCGAGCGCCUGCGACGACGGUGACCGCGAGGGGACGGAGGAAGAGGGGCGGAGGAAGAAGGCGGCGCCUGCUGGGUCUUCCUCCUCCUCCGUCUCCUCGUGGUUCCGAGCCGCGGUGGCCGGCUGGCUACGACCGUCGGGCUUGGGCCCCCGCGUGACCGGGACGCUCUUCGGGCGCCGGCGUGGCGGCGGCCACGUGCACGUCGCCUUCCAGGCCGACCCCCGCGCCUGCCCAGCCGUCCUCAUCGAGCUGGCAACGCCGACGAGCACGCUGGUGCGCGAGAUGGCGUCGGGACUGGUGCGCAUCGCGCUCGAGUGCGACCGCCGCCGCCGUCCAAGCGGCGGCAGCAAGAAGCAGCAGCAGCUGGUGGAGGAGCCGCUGUGGCGCGCCUACUGCAACGGAAAGAGGUGCGGGUACGCGGUGCGGCGCGAGUGUGGCCCAUCCGACUGGCGGGUGCUGCGGGCAGUAGAGCCGGUGUCGACGGGCGCCGGCGUCCUCCCGGCAUCCAGCUCCGCCGGCGAAGCAGGGGAGACGAUGUACCUAAGGGCCAAGUUCGAGAGGGUGGUGGGGUCCAGGGACUCCGAAGCCUUCUACAUGAUGAAUCCCGACAACGACACCGGUCCGGAGCUGAGCAUCUACUUUCUCAGACUCUGACACGUGUCUUCAUUUAAUAAUUGCUUUGUGUUGGCUGAUUAAGUGCAUUUUCUUCUCAUAAUCUCCUUAUUAAUGGCUUCAUCUUCUCUGUUAUCAUAA